AUGGCCAAACGACCGGGGACCGACGACGGGACGCUGCCUUCGCCCACGACUCCCCGGGAUUUUCACACCGACAACCUGAGCAUGGUCUGCGGGGACUCAGGCGAGGACGUGUCGCUGGAGGACAUCCUGAGCCUGUACAGUCAGCCCAUAAACGAGGAGCAGGCGUGGGCCGUGUGCUACCAGUGCUGCCGGACACUAGCACAGAGACCCAGGCGGAAAAGCUCCAGGUCCCACCCGCGGCGCAUUGAAGGACCCGGGGAUGUGGCAAUUGGGAGAGAUGGCACUGUCCGAUUAAUCUGUAACACGGAAUCAGAUAAAUACAGACCUCCACCUACGUCAUUAGAGGUGAUCGACUCUCUGGGCAUCAUGAUCUACAAAGCUCUGGACUACGGUCUGAAGGAGAACGAGGAGCGUGAGCUGAGUCCGCCUCUGGAGCAACUUAUCGACAUGAUGACCAACACAGAGGCCGAGACUGAGACCGACUCCUGUCCCGACGAAGGCUACGAGGCCACGGAGGAGGAAGACGAGGGGGAGGAAGAGGAGCUGCUGAGUGUGACUGGAGCCAGUACUGUGAACCGGGUGCAGAGUUAUAAAGACAUCCUCAUGAUCUGCUCCUCUCACCUCCCGAGUCCUUCAGAUGCCCCCAACCACUACCAGGCCGUGUGCCGCGCCCUUUACGCAGAGACCAGAGAACUCAACACCUUCCUGGAAAAAAUCAAGAGCGCCAAAGAGAACCUGCGGAAAAUGGAGGGAGAGACGCGCGAGGAGUCUGUGCAAGACCUCGAUGAGUUGCAGAAUUCAGACUGGGCUCGGUUCUGGGUCCAGGUGAUGAGAGAUCUGCGGCACGGUGUAAAGUUAAAGAAAGUCCAGGAACGCCAGUACAACCCACUGCCCAUAGAGUACCAGCUAACGCCUUAUGAAAUGCUCAUGGACGACAUCCGCUCCAAACGAUACAAGUUGAGGAAAGUCAUGGUGAAUGGAAGCAUCCCACCGAGGUUAAAGAAAAGCGCUCAUGAGGUCAUCCUUGAAUUCAUCCGGUCGCGGCCUCCUCUCAACCCGGCGGCGUCACGUAAGUUGAAGCCACACCCUCCACGGCCCCAGAGCCUCCACGAGCGCCUCCUGGAGGACAUCAAAGCAGAGAGGAAGCUGCGCCCUGUGUCGCCCGACAUGAUCCGCAGACACCGUUUGGGUGCAGGAAAGAGCAUCAGCACUCCUCAAGAUCUGUUUCGCAGCUCAGACACUCCGGACGGCCACAGGAAGAUGGGCAGUACACACUCUCUGUCAAGUGGCAUCCCAAACCCGAGCAGAGUCCCACCCCUUUCCCAGAGAAAGCGGAUCCUCAAGGCUCCCACUCUGGCUGAACUGGACAGCUCUGAGUCUGAGGAGGAGACGUCGCGGAGCAGCAGCAGUGUAUUAGAGGAAAAAUCCCCAUCAAUACCAGAUAAGAAGGUUCCUCCCAAAUUUCUUCCAGUGUCUGCGACCCCACAGCCAGACAAGCGCCAGGCAUCUCCACAGAGAAGGCAUUCAAUCGAGAAAGAGGCCCCGACCAGCGUACGGCCUUUCCUACCUCCAUCCAAACAGACCUCCAAGUCUUUGGUGAAGGGAGCGGGCGCCGCUCAGGGCACGGAGGAGUUUUGUUACCCAGUGGAGUGUCUUGCUCUCACAGUGGAGGAGGUAAUGCACAUCCGGCAGGUUUUGGUCAAAGCCGAGCUCGAGAAAUUCCAGCAAUACAAAGAUAUCUACAAUGCACUCAAGAAAGGAAAGCUUUGCUUUUCGUGUCGGAUAAAGCGGUUUUCACUCUUCACUUGGUCGUACACUUGUCAGUUCUGCAAAAGGCCUGUGUGUUCUCAGUGCAGUAAAAAGAUGCGACUUCCCUCUAAACCUUAUUCCACGUUGCCCAUUUACUCUUUGGGCCCCAGUUCUAUGGCCAAAGAAGAGGGGUCUGCGACAGCCCCUGACACUGACAGACAACCCUUUGGACAGCAUCGCUAUAGUCUGCGGCGAACUGUUCACAAGUCCAAGCACAGCAGCAAAGAGGGCAGGUCACUGGACGACCUUGAGCUUCCCAAGGAGCUGACCGAGGACUGGGUGACGAUGGAGGUGUGCGUGGACUGUAAGAAGUUCAUCACCGAAAUCAUCUCCUCCAGCAAACGCAGCCUCAGCGUGGCCACCAAACGCGCGCGCCUCAACCGCAAAACCCAGUCCUUCUACCUGUCGUCAUCGGCGUCGGCCAACUUCAGACCGCUGGAGCGCGCCAUCAACGAAGUAUAA